CUCGAGAGGGAGGGUGGGUGCGUUCCCGCAGCAACAGGGAAGAUGGCAGCUCUCACAUCUCUAACCCAGUUGUCGAGUGGGAACCCUGUAUAUGAGAACUUUUACAGACAGGUGGAUCCUGGGAACACAGGGAGGGUUGGACCAACAGAAGCUGCCUUGUUCUUAAAGAAGUCUGGGCUCCCUGACAUUACAUUGGGGAAGAUCUGGGAUUUGGCUGAUCCUGAUGGCAAAGGUUACCUGGACAAACAGGGGUUUUAUGUGGCUCUGCGGCUGGUGGCCUGUGCUCAGAGCGGACAGGAAGUCAGUUCCUCCAGCCUCAACCUCACAGUCCCUCCUCCCAAGUUUAAGGACACCAGUAGUCCGUCUCUCAGCACAGCUUCUGCUUCCUCUGAACUACACUGGGCUGUCAGGCCUGAGGAAAAGAGUAAGUUUGAUGGGAUUUUUGAAAGUCUGGCUCCAGUCAAUGGGCUGCUGUCAGGAGAGAAGGUCAAACCAGUCCUAAUCAACUCCAAGCUACCUCUGGACAUCCUUGGGAAGGUUUGGGACCUGAGUGACAUAGAUAAAGAUGGCCAUCUGGACAAAGAUGAGUUUGCAGUGGCCAUGCACCUGGUGUACAGGGCCCUGGAGAAGGAGCCUGUUCCUGCACUGCUCCCCUCUGCCCUCAUCCCGCCAUCUAAGAGGAAGAAGAGUCUGGGCUCAGUGGCUGGCUCUGUGCCUGGACUGCCUGCAAGCCCCCCACCACCAAAAGACUCGCUGCGCUCCACACCCUCCCAUGGCAGCAUGAACUCACUCAACAGCACUGGCAGCCUGUCGCCCAAACACACACUCAAGUCUGGACAGCAUGUGGUGAACUGGGUGGUCCCAGUGUCAGACCGUGGUCGCUAUGAUGACAUCUUCCUGAAGACAGAUGCUGACCUGGAUGGUUUUGUCAGUGGACAGGAAGUAAAGGAGAUCUUCAUGCAGUCUGGACUUUCUCAGAACGUCCUUGCCCAUAUAUGGGCUCUGGCAGACACGAGGCAGAUAGGCAAGCUGACCAGGGAGCAGUUUGCCCUCGCCAUGCAUCUCAUUCAGCAGAAAGUCAGCAAGGGCAUCGACCCUCCACAGGCCCUGACGGCCGACAUGAUCCCCCCUUCUGAGAGAGGCACUCCUGUCCCAAGUAUGUCAGGAUACAUGACCCCAGUUGGAUCAGAGAUGGCUGCUCUGUCUGAGAUGAGACGGGACAGCUCUAGUUCAGUGGGGUCAGGGGAGUUCACUGGCAUCAAGGAGUUGGAUGACAUCAGUCAGGAAAUAACCCAGUUACAGAGCACUCUUGCCUUUACCCAGUGGAAUACUCUCAGGGAGAAGUACACUCUGGAGCAGGACAUCAGGGAGACAGAGGAGGCCAUCAGAUAUAAGAGUGCAGAGGUUCAGGAGAUGCAGAAUGACCUGGACAGAGAGACAGCCAGCCUGCAAGAGCUGGAGGCUCAGAAACAGGAUGCCCAGGAACGCCUGGAGGAGAUGGACCAGCAGAAACACAAACUAGAAGACAUGCUCAACGAAGUCCGCAUGAAGUGCCAGGAAGAGUCUCAGAUGAUCUCGACCCUCCAGAGUCAGAUCCACUCCCAGGAGUCAGACUUGCAGAGUCAGGAGGAAGAACUGAGCCGGGCAAAGGCCGACCUGGGCCGGCUGCAGCAGGAGGAGAACCAGCUGGAGCAGAGCCUGGCUGCAGGGAAGAUCCAACUGGAGACCAUCAUCAAGUCUCUGAAGGCCACACAGGAUGAGAUAAACCAGGCUCGCAGUAAAUUGUCCCAGAUUCAGGACAGCCAACAGGAAGUGUCUAAAAGCAUCGAGCAGUACAACAACACCCUGAAUGGGACCCAUGGCGGCAGUAUGACCAACCUGGCUGACAUGAGUGAGGGCUUCAGUGACAGAGAGAACGGAGGAUUCCUAGCCAUGGUGAGAGCAGCACAGGAGGAUCCUUUCAAAGUGAAGCCAUCAGUGUUCAACAGUCAGCCUCAGGAGCUUCCCCCUGACCCCUUUCACUCUGAAGACCCCUUCAUCACAGACCCAUUCAAAGGUGACCCUUUCCAAAAUGACCCCUUUGCAAAGCAGCCAUCAGCAACCACAGAUCCUUUUGGAGGAGACCCUUUCAAAGAGACAGAUCCAUUCAAAGCUUCGUCAGAAGAUUUCUUCAAGAAGACCACGAAGAUGGAUCCUUUCUCCACGCCAGACCCUUUCAGUAAAAGUGCUACGUUACCUUCCAAGCAAGCCAGUCACUUCACAAGCAGUGACCCAUUCUCUUCAAGUAACCCAAAACCCAGAGGACCAGACCUGUUUGGCACGUUGGACCCGUUUGGCAGCAGCUCGUUCAGCAGCAACAGUAACAGCUCUGCUGGAUUCGCAGACUUCAGCCACAUGUCGAAGCCCAGAGACCCAUUUGAAGGCAGAGCCAGCUGGCUGCCAGACUACCAGAAGUCAGUUUUUGUGGAAGACCCAUUCAGCAGGAAGAAUGACACGCCCGCUCUGCCACCGAAGAAAAGUGUUCCCCCCAGACCGAAACCACCCAGUGGUAAGAGCACACCAGUGAGCAUGCCUGGUGCAGCUGACCCUUCCAAACCAUGCGACCCCUUCCAGCCAUUUGGCAGCGACGCCAUCGACCCGUUUCAGAGUAAAAAGGGUCUGGGAGACCCGUUCAGCGGCAAAGACCCUUUUGCCCCAUCCUCAUCAAGACCUGACAAAGCUAAGUUUGGGAAUGAGGCUCAGCAGCUGGAGUGGGCGAAGCGGGAGAGUGAGCGAGCGGAGCGUGAGCGGCUGAAGCGGCUCAGACAGCAGGAGCAGGAGGACCUGGAGCUCGCCAUCGCCCUCAGCAAGGCCGAGAUGUCCAAUGCAUGACCUGGAACCCCCAGCACACGCACACACACGCACACACACACACACACACACACACACACACACACACACACACACACAGAGCGUACACAGGCUCACGUGUAGACAAACAUGACUGACAUCUACAUGACGGACACCUGCACCUCCAUUAUUCACACCCCCCCACACACUCACUGAAGAUACAGAGAGGGCUUCCAGACGAGUCCGACCUGACAUUAAAGAACAAGACGAAGAAGUCAUCACUGCAAAACUCCUGCUGACAUGAAGAGAUGGACGGAGAGGGGGGGGGUUCAAAGGAGACAAACGGAUGCACUGUGUAUAUGCACUAUAGUGGCUGGACAGUAAGGUGAUGAGCUGACAGUUUGUAUAUCAGCGUGUUGUUUUUCUUCUCCACCUUCAUCAAUGAUGGAGAGAAUCACACUGACGUCAACAGCUGCUGCUGUCAGCGGCUUAAGAGCAAAUCCAGAAAAAUAACACACAAUUCAAACUGCCAGUGGAUUUCUCCUGAUGGAUCAGUUGAGUUCAAUCGGAUUUUCAGAAUCACGGUAACUGAUUUUCAGAAUCACGGUCACUGAUCUAGUCUCAGGUGAGAAGUGAGAUGGUCCAUAUUAGUUGAGUUUGUUUUCACUUCUGCUGCCUGGUUACCUCUCCUUCUGCUUUGUGCUAAACUCUGUACUGCGAGUACUGAAAUGAAAUUGUUAUUGAUCCUCUCUUCUCACUCUGGGUGCAGAGGUUCCCCAAAUAUUAAGUUUUCUUUUUAAUUUUACACCACACCAGGGGGUCAGGAGGGGCCUGCUCUCUGCCCUGAGAACCCUUGGUCCCUGGUCCAGAGCAUCUAGAAUGACCCCCCCCCCCGGCUCCUGUGUGAAGCCAACAUUAGUCACUCUGAUUAAUAUGGCUGGAACACUGGUUCCCUCUAAUGUGAGCAGGCAGAGUUUCAAGUGUCAACAUAUCCAGUAAGAAACUGUACAGAUGUAUUUUCUGUGUCCAGAGUGUGAGGCUGUCGUGUGGAGAGUUUUCUGUGAUGACCUCCUGUGCCCUCUCUCCUGCUGUCCAGUGUAUAUAGAUAAACUAUGCCUCUUCUCAAAAGCUGUACUCUGAUCCCGAUGCUGUGAAGUUGAACCACAUCCAGCAGGUGAAAGGCAAGAUUUCUUAUUUUUUCUACAUUUGACCUUGUUUUCUUUUUAGAGCGAGGAUUUUAACUCUGUGUUUAUUCCACGAGCUGGUUGUCGUCAUUAAUGUGAUUCUUUUGACACGUUUUUGUUUUAAAAGAUCAUCAGACUCCAUGUGGUUGUUUUGUGCUGUGUCUUGUGGUUCAGUGCUGUACACACCAGCAGGCUCACGCUGGAACUUCAGGUGUCUUUCAGCUGGAAACUGGAAAUAUGUGAAGAAGUGCUUUUUCUGAUGUGUCAUAGUUUGGAUUUAACCACUCACCUUGUUGUUCUGCUGGUUGUCCCUUUACUUGAAGUGGUGACUGAUCACCUGACUCUAGAGUUUGAUUUGACUCUGAACCCCUUUGCUUCACAUGUUUUAUAUCUCUGAGUCUGUUCUGUGACCAAUCACACACCUGAUCAGCUCAGAGCACACCUGUUCUCCUCCACGUUACUUUAAGGGAUGAUGGAUUGAGAUGUUUGAGUCAUUGAGUCAUUACCAUAACCUGCUCUUACAUUAGAUUGUAUUAGAUUAUUGACACCAGCAGCAGGACCAUCAUGCACUGCUGGACGUCUGGUGACGGAACUGGAACAUUUCAUCUCUGAUGUUCGUUCAGUUUGUUACAGGAAGAAUUUAGAAAAUACAACUUCUCAACAGUGUCUGAGGCAGAAAAGAAUGACAACGAGAAAGAAGAAAUUUAGUAAAAUCACAGAUGACGCAGCUUUUCUUCACAGCAGAGUGACUCAAGCUGCUGCUGGGAGCUGGACUAAAGAGUCAUUGCUCUCUCUGUAAUAUAGUUUCCAUCCACCGGGGCAGCACUGAGUGGGUCAGGACUUUCAAUCAUGUUUUUCAUCUACACAGACCUGAUGUGUUGAACUCUGCCUCAGAUGUUUCGAAUUGUUUGAUCAUAUGUUCAUAACAGAUUUAAUGAACGCCUAAUUUACCAAAAUGGCUCCAUCACACGCGCAUCCAGGACUAUGAUCCAUAAUAUGAUGGCCCUGGAUCAGGACUGGGUCUCUGUAGAAUGAUAACAAGCUGUAUCUUUAGUUUAACUAAAGGACAAACAAAAUACUUUUUAAUCCUGUAAUUUAACAAAGGAUCAUUAGUAACAGCUGAGACAGUGUGAAGCCUCUGAAGAAGGUACUGCACGUUACUCAGUUCUGUUGUUCCUCCCCAGUGAAGAAGACUGAGGAGCUCAGUGACUGGAGUAUUGAACAGGUAUCACUCACCUGUCUGUCUUGAGGAAAAAUGCUAAACUGCUUGUAAUGUGAAUUCACCCAGAGUGGACAGAGGUGCUGGAGUUGAUGUUCACUGAUUCUGUCAGGUAGAAGCGUAAACUGCCUCUCUGCCAUUUUUGUCUUGUUUACAUAUCAUGAGUUUUUACUUUGCUGUAGCUGUUACAGUGUGUGUUCCUGUAGGAGACAGUGUCCUGGUGCUAGUGAGCUCCUCCCUCUGAGCUGUACGCAGCUCCAUGUGACUCAUAAAACACAUACUGGCUUUUUAACGUUCUCUCAAAUCUUUUUUUUCUUUGAACAAAAUAAGCCAGAGUUCUGAAACGUUAAAAUUGUCUAAAAUGAGUAAGAUAAAAACAGGAAGUUACAAUAUGAUGAAUCUGGCCAUGUAUUUGAUGCUAGAGACACAUUUCAGUGUGACCUGUGACCUGACGUGUUUGUGAGCUCAGCCCGCUGCGUGCUGCUCAGAGAGACGAGUCCACACCGGUACCUGUCAUCUGAUACCUCCGUUGUGCAAUAGAUAAUGUUUAUUUUUAUUGUUGUUUUGUGUAAUCUGUGAAAGCAGUCUGAUGUUUUUGAUAUGUAGCGUCUGUUUUUAACAUGUUUAUUUAUGCACCUGCUCUGUCCCGCCUCUGUGGAGGACGUUUCCCGCUCGCUGCAGAAUCUGAAAACCUCGGAUUCCUAAAUGGUCUCAGUCUGUUUCAGGAGAAAAUGGUAACACAAUGUUCAUUACUCAAUAUUUUAAAUUAGCAGCAAUGUUACUAUUUAAAAAAAGAGGUAUUUAUAAAGUGACGGCUGAAAAAUGACUAAAUUCCUUAUGUUCAUCUCUCUCAUGGGGGAUAUUUCAUUUAGGUAGGAGCCUUUUAAUUCUGUCUGUACUCAUGUGCAGCAGCUUCAUAGUGAGCAGCCUGGACUGACUGGGACUCAUUUCAUUCAUUUCACUUUUUCUUCUGAGGCCUGUUGGAUUUUUCUUUUCCUGCCUUCCUCAGCUGUCCUUCCUCACAUGAAGGUGAAAUAAUCUGAGCUGUCUUUAUUGAGAUGCAUACAAUGUGUAUACAGUGUGUAUAGUAUCAUGUCUAUUAUAUUUGUCCCAUAAAAAGUGAAGAAGAAGAAGUAAACUUGAAGAGGAUUACUGACAGUUACACUAAUAGCUGAGAGAACAGAUACUGGUUUCUUUUGAACAGUGAUCCUCUCCACAUGGUCUGUACUGUUUACUAGAAUAAACAUUUCAGUUCAA